AUGGACCACCAAUACCCCCAUGACGCAGGGAGCGUGCCCAGCAACCAAGAAGAUUGGCCGUUGUUUACCAACGAGAAUUCGAAUUCGCACCACCCCGGCGGCCACACCGACAACAGCCUCAACCGGCCGCCUUCGCUAUCUAUUUCUUCAACAACCUCAUCGUACGACUUUUCCGACAAAGAUUCCGUGUUUGAUUCCCAGCGUGCUUCUUUCAUAAGCACCACCAGCAGCAUUGAUUCGUGCUCGAUUGCCUGUGGAUCACCACUUCCCAGGUCGAGAAGCAACGCCAAGCAACUCGCCCUCGCGAGACUCCAACGCUCCGGAAGCAACCCCACGGGCUUGAGCUCCAAGAAAGCCGAUUCUCCUUCCCGUAAAAGAUUCUACUCGUCCGGCUCCGCACAGGAGGCUCUUGCAGCGACCGAGCCCGCCGGUGGCGGCCUGACAAAGAUGGAGGAAGAUUGGGUAUCAACACAGCAAAAGACAUUUCAGAAAUGGGCCAACAGCAAACUUGCUGAGAGAUCACUAGAGACAAAAGACUUGGUUGAAGAUUUGAAGGAUGGCGUCCUUUUGAUUCAUCUUCUGGAGUGCUUGGCUUCAGAGUCACUUGGGAGGUUCGCUUCCAAACCAAAACUGCCUGUCCAGCGGUACGAAAACGCCAAUACUGCCCUGGGCUUCAUUCAGUCCAGGGGCAUCCGCCUGACCAAUUGUGGUGCUGAGGAUAUUGUCAAGGGUAACCGGAAGAUUGUCCUGGGUCUUAUCUGGACGCUCAUUUUAAGGUUUACCAUUUCCGACAUCAAUGAGGAGGGCCUUACAGCGAAAGAGGGAUUGCUCUUGUGGUGCCAACGGAAAACGGCCUGUUAUGAGGAAUGCGAUGUGCGGGACUUCAGUGCAAGCUGGAACGAUGGCCUCGCUUUCUGCGCCCUCCUCGACAUCCAUCGCCCGGACCUGAUCGAUUAUGAUGCCCUGGACAAGACAGACCACAAAGGCAACAUGCAAAUGGCUUUUGACAUUGCUCACAAAGAAAUCGGCAUUCCCAAGCUCUUGGAUGUCGAAGAUGUUUGCGACGUCGCCAAGCCUGACGAGCGCAGUUUGAUGACGUACAUUGCAUACUGGUUCCACGCCUUUUCGCAGAUGGAGAAGGUCGAGAAUGCAGGCCGCCGAGUCGAAAAGUUCGUCAACAACAUGCAGGGCGCAUGGGAGAUGCAGAGUGCAUACGAAAGGCGCAUGGCUGCAUUGCUUCAGGCCAUCCGUGCCCAAGUCGAGGGCUGGCAGCAGGCAAAGUUUGAGGGGUCCUACACGGAUGCUAAGGCGCAAGCUACCGAUUUCGCCUCGUACAAGCGAGGCAAGAAGCGGGAAUGGGUUGCAGAGAAGAGCGAGCUGGCGACAUUGCUCGGAAACAUCAAGACAAAACUAGGCACUUAUAGGUUAAGGCCGUACGAGCCCCCAGCGGAACUGCGACUUGAUGUUCUGGACGGCGAGUGGGCAAACCUAGCAGCCGCCGAGAUGAAGCGCGGCCAGUUGAUCAAUGAGACCAUCAGAGAUAUCAAGAACGCGCUGCGCAAGUCCUUUGCAGACAAGGCUAAUGAUUUUGCAUUGGCACUCAACACCAUCCAGCUGGCCAUUUCCGGGCUGGAGGGUGAUGUUGAAGACCAACUGCAUCACGUUCGCAAGUUGAGCGAAAACCUACCACCUCUUGAUGAGUACCUCAAAACUAUUGGGGCCGUGGACGCCAAGUGUCAGGAGGCAAACAUUGAGGAAAACGACUUUACAACUUAUACCUAUGACGAGCUCUGCUACGAGCUAGGACUUGUAAAGUCCUCUGUCGCAAAGAAGCUUGCAUUCCUCGACAACCAAAUGGUGGCACGGAACAUGACAAAUCUGACGCCUAUUCAGCUCGAGGAGUUUGAGUCCGUGUUCCGCCAUUUCGACCGUGACGAUUCCAACAGCUUGGCGGAACUCGAGUUCGGCGCCGCACUGGCCUCGCUUGGUGUCGUCUUCUCAGAGGGAGAGAUGCACGGAUACUUUGUCGAAACAGCUAAGGGCCGCGACCGCAUCACCUUUGAGCAAUUCAUUCGCUUCAUGGUUGACGUGACGGAAGACCAGAACACUGCCGAACAGGUCUACCAAUCGUUCCGCGAGGUGGCCGAUGGCAAGCCAUAUGUCACGGAAAUGGACCUUCGCCACAGUUUGGUGCCCGAUGAGGUCAUUGAUAAGCUCAUCGAAAUCAUCCCAGCGCACAACGGCCCCGAUACUGCCCAAGAUCGCGGAAUGCCGCAGUACGACUACAUUGCCUUUAUGGACAAGUUCAUCGGCAGUGACGCUGCUGCCAAUGGUAGCAAAAGCCCCACAAAGGCCACGGUAAAUGGGCAUUAG